UUGUAGAAUAUCAAAAGGAAUUGCUGACUCCUGAAUUUCAUGAUGCUUUACUUGAUGCUUUACAGUUAAGGCAACAAGAAGAUGCAAUAAUCGAACCUCAAACUCCUCAAUCUAUUUGGGAACAUCUUGUUAAGGAGGCAAAAGCACGAAAUGUUCCUAUUGAAUGUUUCCAUGAUCUCGGAAACAUUAAAAUCGAGGCCGAAGGGACUUUCAAAAGAGUGUUUCAUUUUGCCGAUGACACUAGUUUCGUUGUUCAAAACUUUAAGCAAAUCACGUCAGAUACAUUGGAAACUCGUGUUAGGGAGGCUGGUGUUGCGAAUGCUGGCCAGAUUAGGUCAAUUUAUAAGAGUCCCAGCGACGAAUUAGUCGGACUGUCAAUGGAAAGGUACGAGCAAACUCUGAAAGAUUAUGCUUUCAAUUCAAGGCGUGUCUUAACGGGUGAACAAAAAUAUAAGCUCAUUGUCGAUAUGCUACGAGGUAUCCGAGCCAUUCAUCAAGCCGGCUUUGCACACCGGGACCUUUCCGAGGUCAAUAUGAUGGUAUCGGAAACUGGCGAAAAAUUGAAGGAUGGUAGCAUAAUGCCGGAAUUAGUCAUAAUCGACUUUGGUAAAGCCGAAUUUGUCCGACCUUUUGACGUUAAAAGGUGGUCCGUUGGAACUGUUGAGGAUGAGAGGCUCAGCAUUUUGCCCAUGAUUAAAACGCCACCAGACCAUGGUUAUAGACUAUAUAGAUCCAUCAUGACACUUCCAAAAAAUAAUCAUGACAAAGAAAUUUUGGGGCCGUAUGACCCUUGUGCCGAAGAUAUUUAUUCGAUUGGCGUUCUAAUUUGGCGUACAUUUUCAGGUCAAGCUCCAUGGAAUGGUCUUCUUGACACAAAUAUCAAAUUAUUACGAGAACUGGUGUCAAAUGCAGAAAAAAUUAGCCUCCGAAUUGAGAAGGAUGUAAGAGGUGAACAUUCUAAAAGGUUGUUGUAUCGAAGCCUCGAUCCCAAUCCACAGGCAAGGAAUAGUGCAGAUGAAUUGUUAAGGUGGGUAACAGAAGAAGUUGUGAAAGAAGAGUUGAUUAAGGAGUGGUCG